AAAGACGCGCUGCAAUAAGCGAACACUGUCGACGUCCUUCUGUGCAUCUGUGGCCAGCUCUAAUUAUCUGCCCACGCCAGGAUGCGCCGCUCCGCUCCGCCAAAGCAGAGAAAUGUUUCCGCCUGCUCGUCAUUACCGCUCUCCUGACUGCUGGAGGCAGACGCGCCGCCGCCACAGCUCACUGCCUCUCAAGUUUCUCCAUCGUGCGCCUCCGUGUUUUUAACACUGUUCAGGUCUGAUCUUCCCUCUUUCUUCCUUCUUCUUUCUCACCACCCCUGAGGGAAGUGUCUGUACUGCAUAUUACUAUGCGAUCAGAGGGGCUGGAGGUCGGCGCAGCCCGGGAUUGAUCGCUCACUGACACCGUGCGCCUCUUCUCUUUCUUGAACGCAUCUUGGAGGUAUAAAAGCUGCUGCUGCCGCUGCUGCUCCGGCUCUCCUUGGCAGUACCAUGUCCAUGCGAAAGGCGUCGUUGACGGACAAGCAGGCUAAAAACGGCACGUCAAAAUAUGUGUUGGAGAGAUGCGCCUCUAUUAACGAGUACUAUGAUAUUGCCUUCAAGGUGAUGCUGCUCGGAGAUUCGGCGGUGGGGAAGACGUGUGUCUUGGUGCGCUUUAAAGAUGGGGCAUUUCUGGGAGGCAACUUUAUAGCCACCGUUGGAAUAGACUUUAGGAAUAAAGUGGUGGAUGUUGACAACCUGAAAGUCAAGCUCCAGAUCUGGGACACAGCUGGUCAGGAGAGAUUCCGCAGCGUAACGCACGCAUAUUACAGAGAUGCCCAGGCAUUACUUCUACUUUAUGAUAUCACCAACAAGCCAUCGUUUGACAAUAUCAGGGCUUGGCUGACUGAAAUACACGAAUAUGCCCAGAAGGAUGUGGUCAUCAUGUUGCUCGGCAACAAGUCAGACAUGGCUGCAGAGAGGGUGGUGAAGACUGAGGAUGGAGAGAAGCUGGCCAAGGAAUAUGGGGUGCCAUUUAUGGAGACCAGUGCAAAGACAGGAGUCAACGUGGAGCUGGCUUUUCUCGCAAUAGCAAAGGAGCUGAAGCACAGAGCGACACAGCAGCCAAAUGAGCCCAAGUUCAAGAUUCACGACUACAUUGAUUCUCAGAAGCACAAGUCUGGCUGCUGCAGCCUCGGGUAGCAGAUGUUGGAACGCCACGCAGAGAGACGGAUGCAAGAUAAAGAAAGAUGGAGGGAGGAAGGGUGGGAUUGAAGAUGGGGUUGAGGUAAAAGAAUAAAGAAAAAUGUCUCUCUUAUGAAAAGCCAAUCCAAGCAACCAUACCCCCUUGAGAGGCAGAUGCUCUCGACUUCUGUGCGGAGCUAAUGGCUGAGUGAAAGCAAAUCUGGACUUACUGCCCUUGCUGAAAUGUGAAUUUAAAUAGUUUGUGUAAUGUGUAGAAACGUUCGUGAUCUUUGUGGUGACAGUUGUAUCAGAGUACACGUCAAGACUUACAGUCUGAAAUUCUAUACCCGUCUGCAGGGACUCCCUUGAUAAGCGGCAGGUUUUCAUGGACCACCCAAAUGACUCUUUAUGUGGAUAUAGCAUUUCUUUUUUGCCAUCAGAGUUUGCUUCAUUCCAGUUUUACCAGGCUGUUAACUGAGCCCCCUCCUCCUGCCUUUGCAGUCUUUAUCUUCAGUCAAGAGCUCACAGUCAGAUUGUAGCUAAAUGGCCCCGUCUGUUCACAUCUGUACUGCUGUUAGAUAGAACAAAGACAAUAUUUUGAGGGCAAUACCAACCUCGUGUCUGUCAUUACGUUCAUAUCAAGAGACUGUAGAUGUACAGUUCCAGUUAGUUAGUUUACAUACACUCAUCAUGGGUGUUAAUGUCACAAUAAUUUAGGCUUUUAAUCUUAUUUUUGACAGUUCUAUUCUAUGUGGGCUGCAUUAACAACAUUAAACUUCAAUGUUUUUUCCAAAAAAAGAACUGGAUGCACAAUUUUUCAUUUAUUAGGCUUUUCUCUUAUUCACAGGGGGUCAAAUUAGUCCGUUAACACUGAUCAUAGAUGGUGUGAAACUUUUAGCCUACAGUAAGUUUGCACAAUGAAAGUUGUUCUGUAUUUUGGAUGUCCUUUAGCUAUAAAGGAACUGGUUCAAUUGCUAUUGUUUACUGGAAGAUGCUCAUGAUUUUAGUUGUGUAAUAUCCUUUAGCAAGUUGCAGAGGAACCACAAUUUUUUUUUGCCAUCAACAAGCUUCUUGCAUAAUUCUGGCUUAUUUUUAAAUUCUCUUCAUAUCAGAACUAUAACAGUUCAUUUAAAUUGGUUUCCUAGGGAAGACCCAGCUUAGAGACAUAAACUGUAAAUGUCCAGUAGCCUUAAGCUCUGGGCUUUGGAGAGGUUAUUCAAGAAGAUUAUUAAUAGCUGGCUUUGUCCAUCCAAAGCUGGUUUUAUUGUGAGCUUCGGAUCAUUGUCCCGUUGGAACACCAAACCGGUCCCAAGAUUCAACGAUCUAGUUGUUGAUUUUCAAAUGAAGUUAAGGAAUUUAUAGGUAGUCCUUCGUAAUUAUUCCCUGCACCUUGAGCAAUCAGCCAGUACAAUGCCAAAACUGUCCUUCAGCAUGAUCCUGCCAUCAACAUGCUUGGCAGUUUGUGCAGUGUUCUUAGGCUUGAAAGCUUCACCUUGGCUCCUCUAAACUCACUUCUUGUUAUUGUGGCUAAGGAUGCUUUCACAAUGGGAAAGACCAAGGAACUCGGUUUGAUUAGGCGGGGAAUGCCGCCUUAUGAAAUUUCACCCCUUCAUUUGGUUUGGUUUACUUUCCCACUAAGCUUUUGACCAAACUGCCUGGACAAUAUAUGCAGUUACAACAUUUAGAUGUUUGAGGCGCUAUCACAACAAGCUGCUCAGUAUAAGCUGCAGGCAAGGACUAAUGUUGAGCAAGUUAUUGCAAGAAUUUAAAAGUUUUGUAAUUGCAUAAAUAGCCAAAAAUCAUAUGUAACUUCCUCCCUAUUGUUCACUUCCUCCCCUUGGUUCACUGGAUAGUCUGGUUGCAUUCUCACUGUGAGCAAACAUUUUUAGGUAUCAUGGUUCACCUAGUAGCUCCACAACAGAGUUUCAAUGAGCUUUCACCUCUACCCAUUCACACCAGACUAUCCAAGGGAAAAAAAAACUCUGGUUCGUGUUAAGAGUACCAAACAAUGAUGGUGUGAAAGUGCCUGAUACAGGUCAACAUUUGUCCCAAUCUGAACAUAAAACCUGUCCCCAGGCAUUUGGCUUGUCCAUGUUGGCAGCUGCGAAUUUCAGUUGAACUUGAAUGUGUGGAUAUUAAAGCACAUCUGUCUUUCUUGGUUGACACCCUCUCAGUCCAUGGCGAUGUAAGAAUUUAUCCACUUUGUACAAUGUACCAGUGCCACUGACAGCAAAAAGGGCCCCCAGCAUGAUCCUCCCACCACCAUGCUUGACUGCUGGUACAGUGCUCUUAGGUCUGAAAGCCUUGUGAAGAGUGACAAUGGUAUUCUAAAAUUUUCUAGUUCAUGAUAACCUCAACCCUCGGUGAUCCUUGGGUUGUUCAUGAACAUCCUAACAAUUUCCUUUUAUCUGAAGGGGGCUGUUUGGGUCAAGUCAUUAAAACUUCUACAUAAUUUGUGUUCCAACAGGACAAUGAUCCCAAACACCUAUCAAAACUGGGUUUGGAAUGGAUAAACAGACUAUCAUUAAGCUUCUGGGAUGACUGAGAAUUCAACUCUAUAAUAAAUGUUCUGACUGUGAUUGAAAGCUGGGCCUUUUUCAGUAGCCCAGCCAAUUUAAAUGAACUCUACCUAUUCUGCCUCAAAGAGUGUUCAAAUAUUGCCAGGCCCUUGUUGAUGACUACAAAAGGGGUGAAGUUUCUUUACAACUUGCUAAAAGGGAGUUUUCUCCAAAUGUCAGUGGGUGGGGGUGUAUGUUUAUAUUUGAGCCUUUUCAUAUAACUUUAGCCAUAUGUGGAUUAGAAAAAAUGCACAACAAAUUAAAAUUUCUUGUUUAUAAGAAUCUUUGAAGUUUUUUGUUGCACCAUCAGUCAAUUCAGGGAGAAGAACAGUUCAAAUAAAUCAUUAAAAGUGCAAGUUUACUGAGACAAUCAUGCCUGUGAGUAUGCAAACGUCUAACUGGCUAACACACACAAAAAACCGUAUUUUUACUCACUCAGAUUUUCCACUGCCCCAAGCAUUGUUGUCUCUUCUAAUGAUGGAUGUUGUUGUUGAGACUGUGCCAAGCUCUAGUUGUUCAUGCACCGCAUUGUGUAUUACUUUGUACACUGUUCAUUAUGAAUGUUUGGUUGUCUCUCCCUCUAUGGAGGCGUCACAGUGAUCACAAAGUGCCAUUAAAGUGCUUUGUUAUCAUACACAAGAUAUAAAAAGCAUAUUUUGUAAUGUA